UGUUACUAUAGGAACGGACUUGUUUGACAGCCUGAGGGAUUGCGUGGUGGAGUCCGUGGGUUAGUUGGUCAGAUCUUAUCCCAGCGAGGUCCGUCAGGUAGAAAAUGGCCAGACUAGUACAACUUCCACCAAAGUUCCUUCCCAAUGAGUGGACUCUUGAGAACAAGACCCGCUAUACUAACGCUGAGUCUCAGAGGUCCAGGUCGGAAAGACUCAUUGCUGAAAGUCAGAGACUAGUUGAUGAGAUUGAGAAGAGAACUCAAAAGUCUCAGCAGGAUGUCAACAAAAAACUAGAGCAAAGAUUGGAGGACGUUGAGUUCUGGAAAAAAGAGUUGGAUAUCAAGCUUGAAGAAACGGUUAAUGAGAUAGAACAGCUGUUGGCAUAUAAAAUCCGGCUGGAGAAAGCUCUGGAGAGCUGCAAGGAACCGUUGUCCAUCGCACAGCAGUGUUUAAUGGAAAGAGAGAAGAGAGUUGGGAUAGAUCUGGUCCAUGAUGAAGUGGAACGAGAACUCAUUAAGGAGGUGGAGGUCGUUCAAGGAGUGAUGGCUCUGCUGGAACGCACAUUAGAACAAAUGACUGAGCAGAUCAGGUUGAACCGUUCUGCAAAAUAUGCACUGGAGAAGGAUCUGAAAGACAAAUUUGAUGCCAUAAAAAUUGAUAGCCACUGCAGUACCCUGACAAACAAUACUCCAGAGAUUGGCUACGCUAAUAAUGCUGUCAGGAUUCAAGGGAAUUCUGUAACACCCGAUGAUUGGGAAGAAUUCACCAACACAAACAUCUUAAAUGCUGAGAAGCAGCGGAAUAAUGCAUUGGCACUGCGAGCAUUGACUGACAGCAUCUUAUCUGAGACGGCCAGUGACAUGCGCAAACAGUGUGACACGGUGAAUUUUGCCCUAAAAACCCGUGUGGAAGAUACUAAGGAUGCCAAAAACAAAUUGGAAGUGCAUCUGGCUAAGGUAAUGGAUGAAAUCAGUUCUCAAGAAGAGAACAUAGAACGUUUAAAGAAAGCCAUUGCUGAUAAGGAGGGACCCAUCAAAGUAGCUCAUACACGACUAGAAACAAGAACCUUGCGUCCCAACGUGGAACUUUGCCGCGACCCUGCACAGUACAGGCUCAUCAGCGAGGUCCAGGAGAUCACAGCCAACGUGGAGAGGUUACAUGAAACUCUGAGGCUUGCGGAGAGUGAGCUAAAAGGUCUGGUGCGUAACCAACUGUCUCUAGAAGAGGAGAUCCAGGUUAAAGAGAACACAUUAUACAUUGAUGAGGUGAUAUGUAUGCAAAUGAGAGAAGCCAUAUCCAUCAACAAUUUCUAAUGUAGCAGCUUCUCCCGUUCAGAUUACUGAAAUGUAUUUGUUGUGAUUCCUGUCUCAAAAUAAAGUAAUGAAAAAGUAAAGUGAA